AUGAUUUCACUAUUUUCCUCUCAUAGCUACCCAGGUCGAUCAUUCCGGCGACUGGAUCCGUUGAAAUCUGAGCCGGUUCCGGUACAGCUCUUCUCGAUUCCGGCACAGUUUUCGCCGAUUCCAGCAAGUUCCUUGCCGCCGGAUUCCGGCCGGAAUUGUACAGCAAAUAUCCGAUCAGUUCCUGGCUGUCUCCAGCUCGAAGUUUGCAGGAAACGGUCGAGAAAUGACUGGAACCUACGUUUGAAUUUCCGGCCGGAAUUCGGCGGCAAGGAAAUGGCCGGAAAACGAACCUAA